CGGCCAGGGCGCCAGCGGCAGGGGGCGAGCGCUGCCGAGGCGGCGGCCUGAGAACAGUUGCAGUGAAAUCCUUUGAGGCACUGACUAGAAGAAUAGAUGCUCAUUGAGAAUCAUUCCAAUAGUACUGAAGAUAGAAAGCAAAAGCAAUGGAAGAGUUAAUAGUUGAACUUCGUCUCUUUCUUGAACUUCUGGACCACGAAUAUCUAACUUCGACUGUCAGGGAGAAAAAGGCAGUAAUCACAGACAUCCUGCUGAGGAUACAGUCGUCCAGAGGUUUUGAUGUGAAAGACCAUGCUCCGAAGCAAGAGAGCCCCAGUAGCCUGCCGGCGCCUCCCCAGAUGCCUCUGCCGGAGAUCCCGCAGCCAUGGCUGCCCCCCGACAGUGGGCCACCCCCGCUGCCGACGUCCUCGCUCCCAGAGGGGUAUUAUGAGGAGGCCGUGCCACUGAGUCCUGGGAAAGCUCCGGAAUACAUCACGUCAAAUUAUGACUCGGAUGCAAUGAGUAGCUCUUACGAAUCGUAUGAUGAGGAGGAGGAGGAUGGAAAGGGGAAGAAGACACGACACCAGUGGCCCUCGGAGGAGGCCUCCAUGGACCUGGUAAAGGAUGCCAAGAUCUGUGCCUUCCUGCUGCGGAAGAAGCGCUUCGGACAGUGGACCAAGUUACUCUGCGUCAUCAAAGACACCAAACUGCUGUGCUAUAAAAGUUCCAAGGACCAGCAGCCGCAGAUGGAGCUGCCUCUCCCGGGGUGCAGCAUCACGUACAUCCCGAAAGACGGCAAGAAGAAGAAGCACGAGUUGAAAAUCACUCAGCAGGGCACCGACCCCCUCGUUCUUGCCGUGCAGAGCAAGGAGCAGGCCGAGCAGUGGCUGAAGGUGAUCAGAGAAGUCUACAGUGGCUGCAGCGGGCCGGUGGAGGCAGAGGGCCCCCCGCCGUCGAGCUCCCCGGUGCACAAGGCAGAGCUGGAGAAGAAACUGUCCUCAGAGAGACCGAGCUCAGAUGGGGAGGGUGUCGCAGAAAAUGGAAUCACUGUGUGUAAUGGGAAAGAACAAGUUAAGAGGAAGAAAAGUUCCAAAUUAGAGGGCAAGGGAACCGUGUCUAAAGUCACUGGGAAAAAAAUCACCAAGAUCAUUGGUCUGGGAAAGAAAAAGCCAUCAACCGAUGAACAGACCUCCUCAGCCGAGGAAGACGUGCCCACUUGCGGUCACCUGAACGUCCUCUCCAACAACCGCUGGCGGGAGCGCUGGUGCCGAGUCAAGGACAACAAGCUCAUUCUGCACAAGGACAGGACCGACCUGAAGACCCACAUCGUGUCCAUUCCUCUCCGUGGCUGCGAGGUGAUACCCGGGCUGGACUCCAGGCACCCGCUGACCUUCCGCCUGCUUCGCAACGGGCAGGAGGUGGCCGUGCUGGAGGCGUCGUCUUCCGAAGACAUGGGCAGAUGGAUUGGGAUUCUGCUGGCGGAGACAGGGUCCUCGACAGACCCUGGGGCCCUGCACUACGACUACAUAGACGUGGAGAUGUCUGCGAAUGUCAUCCAGACGGCCAAGCAGACCUUCUGCUUUAUGAACAGGCGUGGCAUCUCCACCAACCCGUACCUCGGGGGCACCCCCAAUGGCUACGCGCACCCCAGCGGGACAGCGCUGCACUACGACGACGUCCCCUGUGUCAACGGCUCGUGGGACCCGGACGACGGCUUUCCUGCUUCCUGUAGCAGAGGCCUGGGAGAAGAGGCGCUUUAUGAUAACGCAGUCCUGUACGAUAACUUGCCGUCUCCGAAAAUCUUUGCGCGCUGCCCGCCUGCUGACAGGAAGGCUGCUAGGCUACCUACUGACAAACUCUCCUGUACCCAUUCCAAACACCCCACGUCCUGCGGGCUGCCUUCCGCUCAGUCUGUCACUAACACCUCUUCUGUGGGGAGGGCGUCUCUCGGGCUCGGCUCCCAGUGGAAGGGUAAAAAGCCCCCAUUAGCAUCCAAUGGGGUCACAGGAAAAGGCAAAACUCUGAGCAGUCAGCCAAAGAAGGCGGAUCCGGCCGCUGGCGUGAAGCGCACACCUUCCAAUGCUGACCAGUACAAAUAUGGCAAGAACCGGGUCGAAGCAGAUGCCAAGCGGCUGCAGACCAAGGAAGAGGAGCUGCUGAGGCGGAAGGAAGCCCUGCGGACCAGGCUGGCCCAGCUCCGGAAAGAAAGGAGGGACCUGCGGGCCGCCAUUGACGUGAACACUGGCAGGAGGACCCAGCUGGCCCUGGAGGAGAGACUGAAGACCCUGGAGGAGGAGUGCAGGCAGAAGGAGUCGGAGCGCGUGACCCUGGAGCUGGAGCUGACCGACGUCAAGGAGAGCCUCAGGAAAGCCUUGGCCGGCGGGAUCACGCUGGGGCUGGCCAUCGAGCCGCGGUCCGGGACCUCGAGUCCACAGUCCCCAGUGAGCAGGCACCGGACUCUGGAGAACUCGCCCAUGUCCAGCUGCGAGACGAGUGACGCGGAGGGCCCGGUGCCCGUGAACAGCGCGGCCGUCCUGAGGAGGAGCCAGCCGGCCAGCAGCUCCCCGUGCCGGGGGCACGUGCUGCGGAAGGCCAAGGAGUGGGAGCUGAAGAACGGGACGUAGAGGAGAGCGGGCGCACCGGAGCAGGACGCCAGGCUGUGACCCCGACCCUCACGUGUAUUUUCCUACUGACAAUGGUGCCCUUUAAAGAGCUGUACCUGGAACACUUGGUUUCCCACGUGGUUUGUUGAGAGGCCGAAGGGAUGAGAGGUGAGGUAGCCCAUCCUCCGGCAGCGGGGAGUAGCUAUGCACCCACCUAAGUGCCAGCCAGCCGCAGCCGGGAGCGGGCUGUAGCCGCGACCUGAGCCGUGACCUGUCUCUGUGCCCGCCCCUGAGGGAGGCCCGAGGGAUCGGGCUGCAAGGCCGCUUCUCUUCAAUUUCCCUGGGCGGGCGCCCCUGCCCCAGCACAUGGGAAGCUGCCGCCCGGUUCUGAGCUUCUGUGUCCUCUCCUCACGCGUCUGGGCUGUCCCGAAAGGCAGCCAGGGUUCCGGCACUCCGCCACGUGUCUGCGUGGGCACAGGCGGGCGGCCCUCGGAGAGCCCCCAUGGUCAGAGCCACAGCGUCCUGGAGCGUGAGAGGAGGCCCUCGGGGGCUUCUAGCCACCCCCAACCCCUCCUCAGUUUGCAAAUCCAAGCCAUGACCACAUCCAUGCUCGGGCUCCACCUCCUCUGCGGCACCGGCCUGGAGGGCGUCUUCACCGGUCUGGUCUGCCCGUGUGGUGGUCUUGGGUGACCAGGCCUCAGGCACAAGGGAGACAGAGCUGGCCUCGGCCCCAGACUCGGUCCUUCAUGUCCAGGGACCUCUCAGGAACCUGUCGUGAAGGUGCCGUUGCCCUGGAGCCUCUGCAGACCGAGGCACAGGCGUGGACUGCGGUGAGGCCUCCCUGCCCCUCACAGGUGGUUCUCAGCACACGUGGGCGGCGGCAGUGCCACCGUGCCAUGCCAGGCUCGGCAGGAAGCCCGUCUCUGCACAGGGAGUUUCACAGUAGCGAGUGGGGGCUGCUUGACUGAACCCCUGAAACCAAAGCUCACUGCACAGCCCCCUGCCAGGAGCGCCUGGGGGUUCCGAGCGGUCACCACCUGCUCUGUCCCUCUGACCUUCCCGCACAGGUCAGCAGGCUGAGGCGCCCCCGGCAGUGAGCAGGGUCGGCCCCAGGGAGGCCAGGUCACCGGGAGGGAGGCCUGUCCUGCUGGCUGUCAGCGCAGGGAGCUGGGCCCGGGCUCGUCGCGGCCGUUUCCUGUGACCGGAGGCACGCGCUCUGCCGUGUCCCCGCUGCCUCCAGGUCAGGUUCUCCCGUCCAGGCUCUUGGCUGUGGAGCUUGGCAGCCAACUCUGCCCCAGAGAACGGCCCGGUUCCACUGUCGUUAGGUGGGAGGCCCCGGGCAGCGGCGCUCCUGACCUGCGCCCAGCAGGGCGGGCAGCACUGCCAAGGCCGCUGGACAGUGCCUUGCCGCAGCCCUGGGCGGUGCCACGGUCCAGGGCCUUCGCCUCCUGGCGGACACACGCGGAGUUCAUGGGGCCCGUUUUCCAUCCCGUGCACAGCCCUGAGCCUCCUGCGGAGGACGGGGCCGCAGGCCGCAGGCUCUCCCGUGAGGGUGAGGCUGCGGAUCCAUGACCGCGUGUCCCUCCACGUCCUGGAUUUGAUCAGAAAUCAGUUCAAAGCGUUUGCUUCAAAAUAAGUUAUUUAUUUGUAUAUGUUCAAUAAAUAUAGUUUCUAAUUUAUAACUGUACAUAUUAGAAACACCAGGCAUCCUGUCAGAGUUCUGACGUGGUCUCUUUAGGACCUUCCCAAUGGCCCCCUGGAGGUGCACCCGCCGGGGCAGCCCUGAGGUGCUGAUGGGGCCCGUGGGCACGUGGGGGCAAAGGUCACAUUCCCCUGGGAGGAGUCAGACUCCUUUGAAAUGUCACCUGUCCCUUUAACAGAUAGUCAUGUUCACAGGGUGCUGGCCAAACUCCACUGGAUCCUGACCAAAAUGAGAGGCACGCGGGGCCCCCCAGAGGGGCUGGGUGAGGCGCCCUUGGCGGUCACAGCCCUUCGGCUGGUACCUGAGGCACCGCCAGCCUCGGCCCUGGUCACGUGCCACCAGCCUUCAGCGUCCCUGCACUUCCAGGGAUGACACUUCCUCUCACCGCCCUGUGCCCAGAGGCAGCGAUGGUGAGGACCUCCGGUGUCACCGGCAAGGGCAUGGGUGGGCGUGGGUGUCCCUCUGCCAGAGUCCCGGGGGUGGGGAGUGAAUGUUCCACGUGCCGGACUCGGGCAGGGGCUCCCGAACGCCAUCUCUCCCAGCUCUGCUCCCGGGGUGACUGGUGACCUCAGACCGGGGGUGCAGAACCCGCCCAGUCCCCUGCCUUGGCGCACAGUCACCUCCUGUCCGGGUCGGCUGUGUCUGAAAGCCGACCGCUGACAGGCGGUUUGCAACCUCCUACAAAGUCUUUCAAAUUGUGUGUCCGGUCCCCGAAGGCCACCUCAGGGAGGAGCGUCAGGCUCCGGGUCAGGACACCCAGACCGGUGUGCAGGUGUCCACGGCGGCAGCGGGGAGGGCCGUGGGCGGGACUGUCUGUGGUCACGGCUCCUUCCCUGCACCAUGUGGGUCGUGCGCCGAGGCCUGUGGCUGGAGCCUUCGCGGGCGGGCUUCCCGCAGCCCGGCUCCGCGGCCUGAAGAGGGCUGGGCAGCAUCAGAUGUCCAGCUGCUGCCUCGCUCCUCCCGAAGUCACCUGUGAUGGGAGCAGUGAUUUCAGACCAGCGUCGUCUUCGCGACGAUCAUUACUGUUUCGUUCCUGCUGUUCCUGCCGUGUUAUCAUCCUGUGCUGGGUGGGCCGACACUGUGAAAUGAGCCAGGUGGACUGCAGGCUCCGUGCACACGCCGCAGCGCAUCCCGCCGCCUUCUGCGGACGCCCCCGCGUGCUCGUGCAGACGCCACCUGUCCGGAGAGCGGGCCCGCGUGCUCCUGCGUGUCGCCGUGAAGAGGCUUCCGUCCGACCAUAAUUCCCAGGGAUCAAAGGUGUUCUUAAUAUGAUAAUCUUUGUAUUUGAUUUUCUAAUGCGAAGGGGUGUUCAAAUUUUCACAUCAACCUUUGAAUUACAGAUCAUCAGUGUUGAUUGACCACGGCCGUCGCUGUAAAAUGUUUCCAUAUUAAGAAUGUAAUUAUUUCCUUAUUGUAUUUUUUAAAAACUAAAGUCAUAUUUAAGAUUCUCUGUGAAAAGCAGGCAGGAAACGGACUUUUUUUAGUGAAAUACGUUGGCAGUGCUUGUUUUAAAGGACUGUAAAUAUAUCCUCACUGUUUCUUAAUGUAUUUAAUUCGUAGAGUAAAAGAUUUACCAGCAGAACCUUGCGCUGGAAACACUGUUUCCAGUCCACUUGCCGGCGUGUAGUCGCCAUUGGGCUUCUCACCAAGGGCCUCCCCUGCUGUCCCACGUGCAGCCGACUGGCGCCUGCGGCGCGACUGGUUUGUGCAUUAGCAAUAAAGCGACU